GGACGUAGAGGGAAGAGGAAGUACAGGGGCCGGCGACUCUGGCAUAGCAGGGGGGUAGCAACAUGGCCGUCGGUCAGUCGGUAUCGAACCGUCGUAUUGCGCGAAGCUCCUACGACCCCUGUCGUGGGAACGUUACCGUUCCGAAACGAGAUUCGGGAUCUCGUAAACGUGAAGGACGACUUCUCACCGAUGGCAUCAGCUCCCCGACCUUACGCACCCGUCGAGGUCGACAGCGCCAACGCGUUUCUUUCGCUUCAUAAACGGUUCUACCGGUUCGGAACGUGUUGUACCCGGUAAUUCGGGCCCGGGAUCGAAUUGAGUUUGGAUAAUUGUAAGGUACAAUAAGAAAAUAAACAAUCAUUAAAAAAUUUGUUGGCAAACAAAUUUAUAUAUUCAGUAAAAAUGGAUUCUGGUCAAAGCAAGAAACAAAUUCGUGUAGGAUUUUAUGACAUUGAAGGAACCAUUGGUAAAGGAAACUUUGCAGUGGUAAAAUUAGCUAGACACCGUAUUACUAAGACAGAGGUGGCUAUUAAAAUAAUCGAUAAGACUCAGUUAGAUCCUACCAAUCUUGAGAAAGUUUAUAGAGAAGUAGAAAUAAUGAAGCAAUUGGAACAUCCGCACAUUGUGAAAUUAUAUCAAGUUAUGGAAACAAAGAACAUGAUAUACAUGGUGUGCGAAUACGCAAGCAAAGGUGAAAUAUUUGACUAUAUUGCACGAUACGGACGAAUGGGCGAACCCAGAGCUCGUGCAACAUUUGCUCAAAUACUUUCUGCGGUUGAAUACUGCCAUGCAACUGGUGUAGCGCAUCGUGAUCUUAAAGCUGAAAAUUUACUCUUAGAUGCUCAGAUGAACGUGAAGAUUGCUGAUUUUGGCUUUAGUAAUAGAUUUUCUCCUGGAGAAAGGCUAAGUACAUGGUGCGGUAGCCCACCUUAUGCUGCACCAGAAGUAUUCAGAGGAAAGCAUUAUGCUGGUCCUGAAAUUGAUGUCUGGAGUUUAGGUGUUGUAUUGUAUGUAUUAGUAUGUGGAGCACUGCCCUUUGAUGGAUCUACUCUUCAGUCCUUAAGAGAUCGCGUUUUGAGUGGAAGAUUUAGAAUUCCAUACUUUAUGAGCACAGAUUGCGAAAGUUUAAUACGUAAAAUGUUGGUUUUGGAACCCGCUAAGCGAUAUACCAUUCCACAAAUAAAAAGGCACCGCUGGAUGGCCGGAUCCGCGGACACUGUUUGUUCAAUGAUUAUAACAAGAUCAUCAUCGUCAUCCAUCCAAGAACCAAACGAGCAAAUACUUCGACUUAUGCAUAGUUUAGGCAUAGAUAUUACACGAACUAGAGAGUCAUUGAGAAACAGCAGUUAUGAUCAUCAUGCUGCUAUAUAUUUCUUACUGUUAGAAAGAUUGAAGCAACAUCGUAUUAGCAGUACAGCGAAUAAUACCUGCUGGCCUGGUGUUGCAAGAACAAAAGAGGAUAAAUUCAAAUCAAGAACAAGAGAAGAUGCAACUCGAGGGGGAAAAAGGUUUAGCUCGACAAGUUCUUCGACCGAUGAAGGAUGUUGUAGCGCGGAAGGUGAUUUAGAAGAAGGUCCAAGUGGCGAUGAAUUAAGGGAAGCUCAAAUUAAACUCGAAGAACAUAGACUAGGCCUAGAUCAUGAUAUCAGUCAACGAAUUGACAGUCAGAUAGUCAAUCGAAGAUUAAGCGAUUAUCAACAACAUUUUGAUACCCCACUUAUGGAUUCUAUUGAUCCUCCCAGUCGAACAACAUUAUUUAUCGCGGGUGGUAGCGGUAGUUCAUCGUCCGAGCUUUUUGAGUCUAGUUUUGACUCUGGUUGCCCACCGGAUUACUCAGGGGCAAAUUCGUUCACGAGUAGCUUACCUUCUUGCACACCUCCACCGCCUAUGAGCCCAUCGCCGAUAACCGGUCGAAUAUCAAGAGUUUCUCAAGGGCGUAGAGCCUCCGACGGUGGACCUAGAUUGUUAUUUUAUCAACAAGGCGGUGGUGAUAGACCAGCGAAGCAACGAAGUAUUCAAGAUUCGGGUAAAGCUAGAGGCCAUUUAGAUCUUGUUCAUUUGAGACCACCGUCUACACCGCCAGAGAAUCAACCACAAUUCAAAAUUCGAGGAGACUCCAGUACACAAUUACAAUUGCUGGUUCAACAACGUAUGUUACAGCAAAAACGUAACUUAUAUCAUAGACAUAGAGGUGGAGGAAGUCCAACCCCGCUACCUGUAUCAACAAGUACUACGAGUAGACGCACUGAGCAUGUACCUCGACAGGACAGUUACAAAUUAGCUCAAAGAACACAAAUCUUACCACCUUUAUCUCAGGGACACGUUGAUAGAGACUUUGUUGAUAGAGAAAGAAAACGAGACGAAGAAAGAUGGAAAAGUCUGCCAUCUCGACUAGCAGCAGAUUGUCAGUUGGCAGAAAGGACAUUGCUGUGGAGCCAACAGAAGAAAAUAUAUCAGGUGGGCCUUAGUGGAGGAGCAUCAUAUUUGCCACCUGGCAGUGUAGGUGGCUUUUUAUGGCCCACUGGAAGCAACCCUCACUCAACCAUCUUCGAAAACGUUGGAGAUCCAAUGGAAUGAACAUCUACCUUGUUGUAAUUUUAGUAUUGGAGAUUUUGAGUCUGAAAGGCUAGAUUAGAUACAUAAAAAAAAAAAAAAAAUACAAUAAGCAGUAUUGCCUUCCUAGUCUUUCCAUAUCAGUAUUUUUAUUUAUAUAAUUAUGUAUUUUAUUAUAUGUAUUUUCUAAGUAUCCAAUAACAAUGUUGUAUACAUUUCUUUGUAGAACAAUUUCCUCCAUGGUACUCUAGCUUUCAUACACAAAAUCUUUGAUUAAAUGGAAGGUACAUGUUACUAAAUGCCAAAGAUUUAUUCCUUUUGAAUAAUCUUCUUUUCUUCUGAAACGUCUGCUUGAAAAACAUUCAUAUCUUGUCAUAUGUAUUUAUACAAUCAUAUAACUUCAUUCAUAGGAAAGUUACAUGUAUCAAAUAUAUACAUAUGUAUACAUAACGAAAAUGUACUGUUAUUAAAAAAUCUUUGUCGUGUAGUAACAUGUGCACCUGCCUUAUUGAUUGGCUGAUUUUAUCAGUCAAAUAUCCAAUUAUAUCAUAGACUGAUAAUUAACAAGAGGAAACACCAACCAAAUUUAUAUUCAUGAGCAAGUGGCAUAUGUCUUGCUUUACAAUGGAUAUGUUUAAUUGGAAGUACAACAUGUAUACUUGUGCAUACAUGAAUGAUAAUUAAUGAAGAACGUUUUUGGUGUGCUUCCUGAAUACACUUCAUUAAAUAAUAACAAUGUUUUGUUCUCACAUUGUCAAUGUUAAUUUUAUUUUCAUUUAAAACAAAUAAGUCUUACCAAAUAAAAGAUAGAAAAAAAAUGGAUUAUCUAACUUUAAAGCACGGUAUUGCAAUUAUGAUACAAGAGAUGCAGGUAUGAUAAUCUCUGCAAGAAGAGCGGAAAUGUUACUUUAAAUUAGAUGCAAGAACUAUGCCACUUAUGCUUUUUUAUGCAAUUAAACGAAGAGUGGAGUUAAAAAAUGAAAGAAACUACGUUAAAGUUUUUUGUUACACGUUUUUAUUGGCAACUAUUCCAAUAUUGUUGUACAAAACCAGAUGUUUCAUUAGACUCCACUCUUCAUUAUGAUCGUUAUAGCGAACUAAGAAAUGAUACAAACAAUAAAUAGUGAUAAUUAGUAGCUGCUGUUCAAAGAAAUAAAAAAGAAAAGUGCUGCAUUCUGCACAGAUGUUUAAUUAAAAUUGUUGUAUACAUAUGAUCUUAAACGAGUAGUAAUUGUUUGUAUUAAAAAUUAGAUAUUUUGUAUAAUUUUUAUUUAUUGCAGAAAAUACAAAUUAUUUCAACUGUUUAUAGGAUAUUCUUUUAUUCAAAAACUGAACGAUUCUACUUCGUGAAGUUCUUAUACUAUUAAAUAGAAAAAAAGGAAAAAUCAGUAAUAAAGAAAAUGCAUAGAACCGAAAAAAAAUGUUUUUACAUUUGUAUACGAAUACAGCACUUUUUAAAGCAAAUAUAUAUUAGAUUCUGGUAGUCUAGUCAGUAGAAAGCAAUACCGGCCGCGCACAACUGACAACGACUUUAAUAUUCAAAUUUUCCGCAAUUUUUUACCCAACAAAACAAUCAAACUUCGCUCAAAAAAUCUUUUGAUAAGUGAGAAAAAAAGUAGCUGUUAAGUUAGCAUAAUCUUGUCUCGGCAAAUUGUUCUUAAAAAGACAGUUCAAUUAAAAAUACCGCAGGAAUUGAAAAUCGGUUUUGAACACUGCUGCGCAUCAUCAUCUAUAUUCUUUUUUCAAUGAAUGCAAAAUUGCAUUAAAUAAACAUUAUUUAUUAACGUGGAACAUUGAUUUACUUCAACGAUAUAUACCAAUAAAUUUCGCGAAACUGUUUUUAUUAAUAACAAUAAUGAUUUUUGUAACAAUUACAUGACGGAAUUAUUGUUGGCCACAUACUGCAAUGCGUGCAACUACUUUGUAAAGUAAUUAUUUACUAUCAGAUAGUGACGUGUUAAACAAAUAUUGUACAA